GUUUCGGACUUCGGUGUUUAUUUAGGAAAACUUUGGUUUUUAUUGUUUUAAUGAUUGAAGUAUUGAAUUUAACUGAUAUAUUUAUGAUAUUGUAUGUCUAGCAUUUCUAGCAAUAGUUAACCAUGAAAAGCAAACCAGUAAAACACAAAACAACAAAUACUUUUCGUUUUAUACCAUUUGCUGAACGUAUAAAUGCAAUUGAUGUCCGUCAUGCAGCUCUAUACCAUAUUGAGAAUGUGUAUGCAAGCCAGCCAAAUGAAAAUGAGAGCCACUUCCACCUGGCGAUUCAGAAAUGGCAUGGUCUCAACUUAACAGAGAAAUUUAAAAAGUUUAAGAAAGAAGUCUAUGGCAUAGUAACAGUACCCCAGCUCAUACACAAGAAGGAUGAGGUUUUACAAUUAUUGGAAAAUUAUUUGAAACUAGAAGACCAGUUGUGCCUGCAACCAUUACUAGAAAUUUUAGUAUCACUCGCAAAGGACCUAAGAAUAGAUUUCUAUCCACAUUUUCCAAAAUUUUUAGACAUACUUAUAGAUUUAUUGAAUACAAAAGAUGCAGAAAGGUUAGAAUGGACCUUAGUAUGUUUAGCCUUUUUAUUCAAGACAUUGAAGCCUUAUUUGAAGAAGGACAUUGGUGUUGUUCUAACAAGGAUUAUUCCAUUACUAAGCGAGGCACAUCCACAGUAUAUUAAUAAUUUUGCAGCAGAAAGCUUUGCAUUUGUUGCUAGAGAUAUCAGAGACAAAAAGAAGUUUAUUGAUCUAAUUCUAAAUUACCUUCAGAUAAAUGAUAAUGCAAUAACAGGUUGUGGGCAUCUAAUAUUUGAAAUAGUAAGAGGUGUUAGCAACAAAUUCCACAGUUGCAUUGAAAGCUUUCUGCCAGUUCUACUGCAACAUCUUAAAGAACGGAAAGAGCAUCAACAGAUUCUGUUUAAAGUCUUAACACAAACAACAGAGGACUGCUUGCAAAGCAUAUCUUCUAAAGAGUUUAAUAUAUUCUGGACAAGUAUACAGAAUUUUACUGAAGAUAUAUUAAAGGAAGAUGAAAGUAAUGCUGGACUUGAGUAUAUUUUGAGAUUAGCUGGACAAGUGAUAGAACAUCAGCAUGGAAAAUACUUAACAAAUCCACAACAAUUUGCUUUACUAUUAGUAAAAAUUAUUUGUGAACAGUCCUCAGAAACAGUAUUAGAAGUAUGCUCACAAAUUGGUGCUCUUAUGCUACUUUCAAAUAAUAUUACUCUGUCCCAAGAACAUGCAGGAAUAAUAGUCAAAGUACUUCUACCGUUACCUUAUCCAAAUAUCUUAAUUGGUUUCGUACAAAAUGUCAUUCAUUAUUCCCAAUUUGAUAUGCACAUUUUACCAGCAUUUAUUAAGUUUGUAAUACAGUCAAAGUUUGAUAGUGAUGCAAUGACAACUUUAUCCAAAAUAUGUCUCACAAAGUCGCCUUUAUCGAAAAGUGGCUUGAAACUAUUUGAAUGGGUAAAAUACCCAAUCGAUUUUGGUAUUGGACUUCCUAAAUUAAUGGAAUAUGUUGAAAAUAUUCUAAAUGGUGAUUUAGAAUGUAUUGUAGAAAAUCCGACAAACUUGAUGAAUUUGUUGUUUUGUUUACCACACAUAGAGAAACUUAAUGUAGAUUUUUGUAUCAAGAAGCUAAGUGAACUUGUAUCAAAAUUUCUAAAGGUCUUGACAAGUUAUUAUCUGGAAGGGCAAGUAAAUGAAAACAAACUACACUGUGAUGUGACUCCACUAUCUAAAUGUGCUAGAAAAGUUAUAUUCCUUUUAGCCAACAUUUUAGAAUGUGCUAUUCAUAUAUCUAGCUGUAAAAGAUUAAAAGAUAUAUGUGAAAUAGAAAUUUUACUGCCCAUAAUGUUGCCAUGUGCUGCCAACCCAAACUAUCUUGUGGCAUUAAAUCUUCUUGAUUUGUAUUUAACAGCAUAUGAACAUGAAAAUGGUUUAACAUACCCAUUUUUAUCAUUAGUAGAUUCAUAUCUAAGACCAAAUGUAUCAUCACCCUUUCAUAUUGUGAGACUUCUUACCACGCAUAUUUAUAAAUUAUUCGAAAACAUUGAAGAACUAAAUAAAACGGUUCAAGUUGGCGGAGAUACUGAAAGGUUUUCAGUGUUCAGUAAAUGUUACACUGUUGAAUCCAUAUCACCUUCAAUACAGGAAUACAGAUUGCAGAUAAGUCUGCUACAAAAGAUAGCUUUUAACACAAUUCAAUAUGAGCUAGCAAAAGAAACGGAUUUUCAUCUUUAUGCUCUAAAUUACAUGUUGGGGACUUUGUAUAUCAAUUUCAAACUACUUUGGGAACCUGUAGUCGAAUUUAUCGCAGGUUACGGUAAUGCUCUAAACGCAGACGACUUUUGGCCUACAUUUUAUAAAGCACUUGAAUGUUCAUUUGCUAAUGCAAAAAAUAAACUAAAAAUAUUUAUGUUUGAGGAUGAUAUUGAAAGUGAUAAUAAAGUUGUAAAGGAACUUUAUGUAGAGUAUACGAGCAUAGCUGAAAGACCAGAUGUAUAUAAUUAUAGAAACCUAAUGUUAAAAGUAAUGACAAAUUGUAUACAAGUAUGUGAAGCGCGGAAUAGAGAUGUUGUUGUCCUAUUCUUGAACUUCAUAGAUGAGGAAUAUAAGAAAAAUGACGCUGGUAGUGCUCUUAAAAUCGAUAUUGAAGUACAUAACAAAGAUCCUGUGGACACUGAAAAUACACAAGAAGAAGAAACCCCUACAGAAGACUUAAUUGAAGAAAUCCCUGAAGAAGAAAAUCCAAAGGAUUCAAUUUCGGGCAAGAUUAUAUUUAAAACGCUAAUUAAUAUUAUGCAAGUAUUGUCACAAUUUAAAAAUCCGAGGGCUCUUCACAAAGAACCAGUUUUCUGGGAGUUAUAUAUGGAUUUUUUAAAGAACAAGAACCCUGGGCUGCAAAAGUACGCUCUAGAUUGUGUACUUAAUUAUAAGAAUAAAAGUAUUACUCCAUACAAAGCAAAUUUGCACAAUUUAGUUGAUGAAAAUAAAUUUAAAGAUGAACUAACUCAGUUUAAAAUUUCUGAUGAUUCCCAAGCCAUACAACCUGAAUAUAGAGAACAUGUAAUACCAAUAGUACUACGCAUAUUGUAUGGUAAAAUGACGUCAAAAUUAGGUGCAGAUAAAAAAGGAGGAGGACAAACAAGAAGGUCUUUAGUAAUGCGGUAUCUAAGUGGUUGCAAUGAAAAUGAACUGAAAAUGUUCAUCGAAAUGGCAUUCUCCUACAUGAAAGAGUACAUGACAAUGAAACCUAAACAAAUAUAUUUAGAUAUUUUUAAUAACUUAAAUCUGAAGUCAGUUACAAGCCAAGGAAAAUUACAUAGUAUUUUGAACUUGUUUGAUGUCGUACGAGAAUAUUUUGGAGGUUUUAUGCGCGACGAAUUUCUUUCUCAAUUUUUAAAAAUAUUUUUUGCGGUAUGUAGUACCUUAGCCGGUGUUUUAGCACAAGGUGAAAAAGUCCAUGUCGGUUACGUCAAAGGAAUGAAAAGUCUCCGAAUACUUGCGAUCAAUAUUUUGGGUAAAUUAUUUGAUCGGUUUGAAAAAUAUUUGUGGAGCAAAGAAGAGUUAUUCGUAAUCUUUCACACUUUAAUAUUUCCUCUUGCCCCCCGAUUACAUUUUGAGGGUGUUCAUUCCCCAACUGCAUUACUAAAGUUGUUUAAUAUUUGGUGUCAGAAUCCAAGGUAUUAUAUAUUACUUGUGACAUGUUCAGAAGAGGACAACUCUGUUAGUGCGUUGCCAUCAAUAUUUAACCUUUUGUUGGCACCGAAAACAAGUCCGGGGGUAGUCAACAUGAUUUUGGAUAUGAUCGAAAAGCUUUUAACUUUGACGGACGACGAAGAAGAUAAAGAUAUAUCUAAAAUAGAAUCAUUUUGCACACUAAAUUUAAGUAAAGUUGAUCGAAAUGAUAUAAAUUUCGGAAGCAAAAUCUUGAUUCCACAUCUCCCAAGCAUUCUAGAAGUUAUGAAGAGAAGAAUUGCUAAUACAGCAAAAUCUAACACUGUUAACAAGAGAGAUCUUCUAAUAUUGUCCAGAGUAACAGAAAUGGUAAAUUCUCCAGAGAUGUGCGAUGAUUUACUCAAUUUAUUAUUGCCUAUAUUGGUCAAAAAAGUUUGCAUGAAUAUGGCUGAAGAAAAUAUGGAGCAUGCAGUAAACACUAUAAUAAACUUACUUGGACAUAGCACGAAUCCUCAGCGUUAUGUUAAAAAUUUAGCUGUUUUAUUCAAUAAAGUUGGUCCCGUGGAAGUUCGAAAACUUCUGCUUAAAUUAUUGUUCUCUAUAGCAGAAAAUGCUAAGGAAAAUAAAGAUGAAUUAACAAAAUUAGCACACGUGAUAGCAGAAAUGAAUGCUUUUAAUAAAAGAUGGAUCGAGCAACCUGAUUUCGAUCGUCGUUUGGACGCGUAUAAACUGAUUUAUCAAACGCUGGAUGAGAAUGAAAUAAGCGUUGACUUAGCAAUUCUAAUUGUUAACAACUGUUUCUAUUUUAUACGCACUGAAAAAGACAUAGGUUUACGAGAUAGUGCAGGAUUCUGUCUGAAAAAGAUUUUGCCAAAAUUACUCUUAAAAUAUCGAUCAACCCCAGAUGGGCAGUUUUUAGUUCGAGAUACUGUACUCUCAUUAAUAUCCACCGGUAUAAGAGAUUCUAAGAAUGACUUAUUGAGAAAUGAAAGUCUAACACUGCUGGGAGAAUUAGUAAGGGAAUGUCAAGACGCGGAUGUAGUGCUAUCUGAUUUAGCCCCAUUAGCUAACAAAGAAGAUACCGAGGUUGAUUUUUUCGAAAACUCUUGUCAUCUGCAACUUCACAGACGAGUGAGAGCGUUACUAAAGUUCACUAAAGUAGCUAAAAAGAUGACGAAAUGUCCAACACCAAGAACUCUUACAAAUUUUAUCCUACCUCUAGCAUCAAUGUAUAUCUGUGACGAUAAAUACUCCGACAAAAACACCUUAAUCGAUGCUUGUAUAGAUGUGAUUUCUACAUGUUGUCGAUUGUUGCCGUGGUAUCAUUAUGAGGUGUUGCUAAAACUGUAUCUAAACAAAAUACGACAUACGACAGAACAUCAAAAACAGUUAACGCGUAUACUCAUUGGUAUUUUGGACGCGUUUCAUUUUGAUUUUUCGAAAGCGAAGAAUAUUGAGUUGCCUAAAGCAUUGACGGCAAAUAUACGAAACGAAAAGAAAAAUGUAGGUAAAAUGGAGAUAAAAAGUGAAAACGCAAAUGAUCUUAACAUAGAUAAUACAGAACCUUCGCAUGAUUUAGAUGACGAACCAGUUGAAAGUAAAAUUAAGGAUGAAAAUGAGGAAAGAAUUCAAGAUAUGGAGGAUGAAUUCUUAACAGUAGAAGAGAAAGAUGAAGAAGAUCAGGCAAAUCAAGAAAUAGCUAAUAUACCAGCUUAUGAAAGAAUAACUAGUGUGUCUCCAUCGGUUGCUAAUAGAAUAAUUAAAUCGUUGUCAUCUGGAUUAUUACCACAACUUAAUCGAUCUAUUGGAAAAUUAACAGAUCAUGAAGGUUCGCACAAAAUAAACCGAAGGCAUACAAGCAUGGCGCGCUUAGAGGAAGACAUGUUGAGGGUUCCCAUAGCAUUAGCGCUAGUGAAACUACUACAAAGGUUGCCAGGCGAUAUUUUAAAACACCAACUUCCGGGAAUUAUGAUCAAACUAUGUUCUUUCUUGAAGUCGCCAUUGAAACAAAUCAGAAGUGCAGCAAGAGACAUUGUUAAAAAAAUCAUGUUGACAGUUGGGACAUCCUAUUUGGGCAUUUUACUGGAACACUUAACUAUUUUACUAACCAGAGGCUUUCAAGUACAUGUUUUGGUUGCCACAAUACAUACUGUGUUAGAUGCUCUAAAAUCUGAUUUCAAACCUGGCGAAAUUAACGAAAACCUCGAUUAUAUACUUGAUGUUUGCACUAAUGAUCUAUUUGGAUCUUUAUCUGAAGAGAAAGAAGUUGAUAAGUUACACUAUAAGACUCCAGAGGCUAAGCCGAGUAAGAAAAGUUACGUAACUUUGAUGAUUGUAGCACAGAAUGUCACUGAGAAAUGUUUGAUAAACCUCUUAUUACCUUUCAAAGAAGUUUUACAAAAGCAUAACUCCAAAAAGAUUGUUGUGAAAGUCCAAGAAGCGAUGAUGCACAUAUCAAGUGGAUUAGUGACUAACAAGUUUAUUGAUAUCGAAGAUUUGUUUGUAUUCCUCCAUGGCUUGGCAUCAGAAAGUAUACCACAAUUUGUUUUGACGGCUCCUAAGCGUGAAUUAACAGAUGCCCAGAGAGAAAAAAUGCUAAGAGCAAAGCCGAAUUGUUUAAUAAUACCUGAGACACCAAAACGUAACAGAGAGUCCCAAGCAAAGAAUGUUAAGACUUCUACGAAAACAAAUGCUCAUGUGCUCGUGGAAUUUAGCUUGAACAUUUUAUAUGUUAUACUUAAAAGAGAAAAGGUUCCAAGGAUGGAUUGUAAAGCAUUUGUGGAUCCUAUAGUGCCACUUUUAGUUGAUGCAUUACAAAGUGAUCAUGUCAAAGUAUCGACUGUUGCACUUAAAUGUAUCACUACAUUGUGGACUAUUAGAAUCAGUACGCCGACUUUGGAAGAAAUGGUUAAGGAUAUUGUUAAGACGAUAUUUUCUAUACUGCAUAAGUAUGCCACCUUUGAGAUUAGCACACAGAAUGACAACUACCAUUUAGUAAGGAAUGCGUUUAAGGCAGUAACAGUUUUAGUCCGGAAUGUGAAGUACUACAAUUUAGAAGAAGACCAAUUGAAAAUGCUCCUGCUUUACGCCGAGGAAGAUUGUCAAAACGAUGAGAAACAGGCUAACUCUUUUUCUUUACUAAAAGCUAUAUUGGAGGCUAAAUUAGUAUCGACGGAGUUGCACGAAGUUAUGCAGAAAAUAUCGAAUAUUUGCAUUCUCAGUGAAUCGGCAAAGUCUAGAGACGAAGCUCGUGCGAUAUUCGUGAACUACCUGUCUCACUAUCAGCCCGGGAAACGUUUGGACAAAUACAUACAGUUCUUUGUGACUCAACUCAACUAUGAACUGCAGCACGGUAGAGAAUCUUCCUUGAAGUUUAUUGACAUGAUCAUUAAUAAGUUGAACCCUGGUCAGUUGAAAAACCACGGGGAUUACCUGUUCCUAUCGCUAGGCGCAUGUAUGAUCAACGACAGUGCACCAGAAUGUAGACAAGCAGCUGCUGGUUGUAUAGAGGCCAUCUUAAAAAAGUUGCCGCUACUUGACAGGAACAAACUGUUUGAUUUGGUGCUCACGUUCUUUAAGGACACCCAACCCGUUCAUAUCGAAUUGGCAGCUCAACUAAGCAUACGUUUUGUCCACGUCGAAGAAGAGGAAUUCCAGAGCCGUCUAAACAGCGUAUUGGGUAUAGUCAGCGGCAAAAUCCUCUUACUCAAUAACGACAUAACAGAGGGUAGAUUCGUUAAAAUAAAACUGGAUCACGGUGAAAAGAGUGACGAAGAAAAACAGAAGGAGAAAGACCAUAGUUUAAUACAGAUAUUGAAUCUAAUUGAUAAGAUUACAAUCCAUUGCUCCUGUAGCAUGAAAAAUAAAAAGUUUGUCAGUGAUUAUGAUGAACUGGCACAGCAAUGUCAGGCUUUGUUGGCAUAUCCUCACGCUUGGGUCAGAUUACGUGCAGCUAAAAUUCUAGGCACAAUUUUGUCUCUAGUUUAUAUAGAUGAGUUAAACACGCAGGAAAAGGAUCGAGGAUUUAUUUAUUAUGACACGGAAAAUUCUUUGCGGAGUCUUAUACUGGAUUUGUGUGCUCAAUACUCACCGAAUGUAUCUCAAGAUAUGGCCGAUCAGGUCACAGCUGUUUUAUUCCAAAUUUUAAAAUUAGUGCACGCGAUGCCAUGUUUUGCACUGAGAAAGAAGAUACAAACUGAAGAAAGGGACGAAGAUAGCAAUGCCAAAGUUAAUAUUCGAUGGAUUCUUUUCAAACAAAGGAAGGCUAUAAAUUCGGAGGUCGCUAAAGCACCGAAUUCUAUGAAUAUUAGAACUGCGAUAUUUACAAUGUGGAUGCACUUUAUAAGUUCAAUGGAAACCGAUGAAAUAAACACAAUAAUUGACGUCAUACUGCCCGUGAUCGUUCGGGAACUUUCCACCGGCGACGGACCAUCGUCGAUCGCUAAACAGCUUGCGGGCAGACUUGGGAAGAAGUUGAGAAGGAAAGUUGGGGAGAUCGAGUACAGCAAGAUGGCCGCCGAAGUGCAGACACGGUUAAACGUUAGAAGAGCGGAAAGGAAAAAGAUCUUACUACAAGAGAAGGUAAACAACCCAGAAAGAGCCGCUAAACGGAAACUCCAAUUGAGGGAGAAGAAGAAACAGGCGAAGAAAAUAAAACUGGAAAUGAUGCACGGAAAGAGGCCAAGGGUCAAGAAACGAAAAGCAGAAGAUAUAGACUUCGAAGAUGAUCUGCUAAAAGAUACCGAGGGAUAAUUGUAAAGCGGAUUCAGCUUAUCGUGCCAGAAAUACCUAAAUUUACGACAUUACCGGUACCUAGAGUCUGGACAAAACUCGAAAAAAAAAAACAAGUAGGAUUUUCAGUAACAAUUUUCCUGGUAAAACAACCCGGAUUCGAUUCAAAAUCCAUUGAGCAAUCGAUAGUACGAUGCGUUCUAGCUUCUAGGCGCUUUAGUACAUUUUUUUUUUUAAUAUGUAGUUCUAUUGGCGAUAUUUUGUACGUAUUUGACAUCUUUUUGUAAAUAAAUAUCUUUAAUAUUAUUA